CUUGUCUUCUCAUCCCGGGAGGAGGGCAAGGCCAUGGGUCUGCCCUUGCUGCUGUCCCUGCUGCUGUCCCUGGCAUCUCUGCAGGCAGGUCACUGGGCAGAACCCAAUCCAAACAUUGACUUUGGGAUGAACCAACCAAAGGAACUCUCAGCCCCCAAGGGUGGCUCCAUCCACAUCCCCUUCUCCUUCUAUUGCUCCUGGGCAUCAGCCAAGGCUCCCAACGUGAGAAUAUUCUGGAGAUGGAAACACUACUUUGGGGAGUUCAUCUACAACACAACCCCGCCGUUCAUCCACAAGGAUUUCAAGGACCGGCUCCUCCUGAACUGGACAAAGGGUGGGCACAGCGGCUCCCUCCAGAUCUCGAAACUGCGGUGGGAGGAUGAGUCCAGGUACUUCUGCCGGGUGGAGGUGGACACGCUGAGAAAAGGCAAGCAGACGUGGCAGUCCAUCGAGGGAACCGCACUCACCGUCAUCCCCAGUGACCCGUGUGCCACAACUACUGAGCCUCCAACCACCCUGGGCUCCACUACACCUAGCAUCAGGGUCCCAGAUGGCAAAAAGAGUUCAGAGUUGUGGUCCCUAAGUAUGGAAACUACAGUUGGGUUGUCAUUGGCCAGCGCUAUGCUCAAAAUCGCGAUUUUGGGAUGGAUCAUGUACCUCAGGUGGAAGAGAAGCAAAGGUCUGCAGACUAAAGCCAGAACCCCAGCCAGGGGAUCCUUCCAAAACCCGGAGGAGAAAUACGAGAACAUUGGGAAUAAAGGACAACAUGCAGGCCCCAAGCCUGUAUGUUUUCCAACCUGGACACCAAGGAUGACGACAUCUUCUAUGCCUCCCUCGCCCUCUCCAACUUGACCUCACCAGCAGCGCCUCCCCACCCGCCUCCCC